AUGCGGUCACUCUUCUUCCUAAUACAGCCAGUGGCUAGGCCACGUGCGUCAACGGCUCUACUCCUCUCUGAUCCCACUCCAGUGAGUGCGUGCGGCCAGGUUACGUCACCGGAGUUCCUUCAGUGGGGCGCCUUGCGCGCGUCGCCUUAAGGAAGAAUGCCGUUGACGUAUUCAACAAGAUUUUACUAAAAGUUUACACGCUCCAGACAACCUCUCGGGGCCGUUAAUUGGAAAUGCACAUGGGCGGGACUAGCAAAAGGCGCAGUGUAUCCGUCCCCACGUGCUGUUUUUCAGCUGUAUAUUGACUUACAUUUUCGUUAUCGAUGUUACAGAUCAACUUACCGGUCCACUUACUGAGACCUCUGCAGCACUGUUUGUUGGCCGUCGUUAACUGGACACGAUUCUACUACUUGCCUUAGGAAAGUUCCCCCAAUUUUAUUCGCCUCGCUCAGAGGUGUUUUCGAGCACACACCCCGCCGAAUGCAGUACCAUUUUACUUCUGUAGUGAUUCAAUGCCCACAGAAGUAGCAUACCUAAUCACUCCAGUUCCUUCGAGAAAAGUCAGGCAGGCUUUCAUCACCUUCGUUACUGUCAGCCUGCUUUUCUCAAACACCGCCCCAUUCCUAAUCGAUAUCUCGGCCUAUUCUGAAAAUAGGAGGUCUAGCGUAAAACAAUGUUUUUAUCGCCAUCCAAAUCGUUCAGAUGAAUCCAUUCUAAACUUUCUUGGGGUGUGGCCAGCUCAGGUUAUAUUGAGUUUUUCUACUGCGCUCAUUCAAGGAUCUGUGAAAUAUGUCUCUAGUCUGUGUCGACCGGAUCUAAAACCAUGCCUGUUUGAGUAUGCUGGCAUAACUUAGCAUACAUCCAUCCGUAUGCUGUUGCAAUACUUGCAGUAUCAUUGGUCUGCGGCAUUGGCAGAUUUAUCUCGAUGUAAGCAGUCCAUCCUCUUGUAAAUACUGCACAUAAUGAGGCGAAUUAUUUGCCUCCUUCACUUAUUAUACCGCGCCCCCGCUUUUGCCCGCUCUAUGGUCUGCACAUGAAAUAAUCAAAAAUAUUAAAUCAUCCGGAUUGCAUUCGCCCGCCCUUGAAACCUUCGGAAAUGCACAAUCAACUAGCACUCCCCGUCCGGCUCAACAACUGACUUCACGGUUUCAUGGGCUACCAUUUCAUUUUCGGUAUGCCUCUUUUAAAUAAAAAGUUCCACGAUGCAAUUACGUUAGUUCAAUUGCGGUACUGCUUCCCGUGAUCAUUUCUUCGCUUUUUUCUGCGUCCUCGUCUCGAUCACCCACAAUUUUCUUUGGAAAUUUUGCGGGAAGACCUUGGCGAUGUGUUUCCACUUCCUAUUUGUUGGCGGCUUUCCUUUUCCACUUUUUCCUUCUACCGUGCAGCGACCGAACGAGAGAGAUAGGCGUAGGAUCACGGGUUAUAAAGGCAGGGGAUGACGGUAGCUCAAACUCUGACGGUCCACCUGAUUGGAAAAUCCAGUCUAAAAGUCCUCGCAUCUCAGAAUGGGCGGGAUCAGGAGGAACAGGCAUACGGGACAUGGGAUAGACAGCACAGGUAGUAAAAAGCUAUGAGUUUAUUAUCAAGUAUACAAGAACGGAAAACCAAUAUACGUAGACUACGGAAAAAAUGAAGAAGACGAUGGAACGACUCAUUGGGAGAGGCCCGGGGUUAUUCGUCCGCAUGUGACCUUGGAGGCGUAGUUCCUGUAAGAGACACGAAAGAAGAAUGCGUCUAGCGUGACAGUUCAUUAAAACACUCAGGGUCGAUCCCCUGGUCAGAUCCCCGACUCUUACAACCGUGCACCGCAGCGGCUUCGGCAAACUGUUCUACAUAGACCCUUUAAUUCUUUUACUACGCGGUCAAAUUUCACCUCUUUUAAACUAAUCCCUCUGCAAUUCUACAUUUUCGGCUUUCCCUUGGCCUGUCCUAAGGCCCCACUCAUAAAACCACAAUUACCACCAUUCCAGCAUUACAGGCACCUAGGGUUUUCCUACCGCCAGUGCGGUUGCAGGAUUAAACUUGACCGUUGUUUCCUCCGGCAGACUAAUGUUACUAACAUUGCAAUUUAGAGGCUAUCGUUUCUUCAAUUAAUUUAACUUCAUAGAGGUUUGGCUUCAGUACCUUUUCAAUACUCUAUCGCUAACGCGUAUCUCGUGGUCGUCUAUUCACAAAUGUUGAUAGUCGCUACUUAACAUUCAACGGUAGGACAUUUUGCUUGAAAUCUUUUCCUUUUUGUAGGCCAGCGCGCCUGCUGACUCAGAUUCGCUUGAUGUUGGAGGGUGAGUCCUCAUUUUAUGGCAUACAAAUUAAAAUGUAUAUAGCUCCUGCCUUGGAAAACGCACAAUGACAAACAUUAUGUUUCAUGCUCACUUCGUGGUUUGCGUAAAGUCCACCCAUUCUUACUUUGUUUUGUAACUUUUGGCACCCACACCUUAAACUAGCAAUUAAUUUUGGAAAAAAUCUAAAAUUUCUGUAAUUUUCUCCUAUGUUCUGGAGCCUACAGAGAGAUUUUCUUCUUUGGUUAUUUUAGAGGAGCAAACAUGCGCCUCACGCCCUACGAAGUGAUUCGGACAUGCGACUUUAUUCUUCUAUGGAUUUCCCUCCUCCUAACAAUCAUCCCAAUCAUUCUAAUUACCUCGUUAUACAAGGUAAUUUAGCAAGUAUACAAACUGCCUACUACCAAACGUAGAAUUCACAAAGGCUUGCUAUUCGCAUCUAAACCGAUCUUAGAUCAUAUGACGCACGUAUACCCUACAGACGCCUACACUGCCAGUAAUGAAACAUUGGCAUACCGUGGCCUCCAAUAAUUCGUUCCACAUUAGGUUAAAACGGUUUGAAUCGAUUUAUCGACCGGUUCGCUUUCUCUAAUUUGUAAUGGGUAACGGCUAAUGAUUUUUUUAUUCCCAACAUCUGGAUCUUUUUUUCUCGUCUUUCUGUUUUGGUGUUCCCUGGCGUACUUUGGACAGUGUUAAGCCUAUAGUCAUUCUUCCUACCGCUGUUUAACGUGCAGAACUGUAGACUUUACCACGCGUCAGAAGAGAAGAAGCGAUCACUGGAACAGGAAUUUUAUUGGCUUGACGUUUCGGAUUCUCACUCGAACCCAUCAUCAGAGAUGGUCGCAGAUAAAGGCAGUGGAAGCACAAAGACUACAGUAUUUUUAGCACGUAGCUGAUGGGGGACCGCAUAGGUACUGCAAUUAACAAUUCUCGUUAUCACUGCUGGGGUCGUAAUUAAGGCGAUGAUGGCUCGUCAGUCCACGUCCGCGUCGUUAAUUUCCGCAAUUGCCUCAUCCGUGUUGGAUGCUGGCGUGGGGAGGGCGAGGACGAUCCACUAUCCCGGUGACAGCCGGCCAAAUGGCCGGCGGGCGCCCGCAAACUCCGUAACCACCCAAUAGAUUCACCAUACGAUACUCAGUGGACACUCACGGGAAACCUAUUCCUUCAGCCCACAGUACUCUCGCGGAGAGACGCGUACGCGAACUCAGAGCCGGCCGCUCGUAGGUGUCCGGAUCAUCAUCAGGCUUCUGCACAGAAUAAACACACCUACUGGUCUCUUUCCCUUCUCCUCCUAGACGGGACUGGGCCCGAACUAUUUUUUGACGAAAGUACAUCCACUUUCCUAAUUGCUACAACCCCCAGCUGAGAUGGCUCCAAUGAGAUAGAUUAGUCAGCGGGCUUCACGACAGACAGAAGAUAUAAGCGAUAUCAGUUCUAAUCCGGACAGUGUAAAGUAAUUAGAACCUGAACAGUUCAGUUUUAUUAAGGGAGAGAGAGGCGAACGUAUUUAAACUCGCGAGUGGUUACAAAAUUUCGAAGAAAAAGCAUCGAGUAUACAUGAAAAUUGGGAAAGAGAGUGCUUACAUAAUUGCAUACUAAACGCCAGCAGCUGACUGCAAGUCAAAACAAGUAAACAAGAACUUCUACUCACUUGCUAUGAAUAGUAUACUUUUAUACAAUUUCGGUGACUGGUUAUGUGGGUGUGUGGUUGGUAAGCAAUCGCUCAGCGUGACUGCGAAUACCGGUAAAAACUGCGGAGCGCGGUGUCAAACCAGUCACCGGCGACAGAAGUUGACUUAAUUUGGAAACAUCAGGACUAUAGGCGGGCCUUCCUCAGGCUCCCUUUUCUCGUUAUAGAAUAUUAAAUAAAACUUAAUCCAUGGUUCCUGUGAUCGCCUUAUCUUCUCAGAAUAUUAAAUGGACAAUAAGCGUGAAUAAUCCUAAGGGAUUGACUGAAGCCACGAAAGGUGUCUUGAAAUUGCAACUGUAGACGAAAUAACUGUCCAUGGAAAAUCCUCCCAGCCAAAUGUGUUCAGCUUGUAACUGCCGUCAUACGCAAGUAAACAGUGGGGUGAAGAACCUAUUCCACCCUCAUUUACAUUUGCCACUCCAAAAUACAAUUUUCUUCACUGACCGCUCUCUGGCCACCUUUUAAAGUCUUCAUGCCUUUCGUCCUCCACACUUCCAGGUAACCUUUUGCAUUCUUUGGGAAAUUUUAGAUCCUGGGACAAAUGUACAUCCGUGACGACCAAUUCCUCAUGGUAGUCGGAACGAUUGCUGCGACAUUCAACACCUUUGGAAGACCGGUCUGGGGACGAAUAGGUGACAUGUUUUCAUACAAGGUAUUAAAUGCUUAAAUCGUGUGCUUCAGUUCUCAUGCUUUUUAUGUAUUGCCGUCUAAAGAAGACAAGUGGGCGAGAGCUAGCAGAGAAGACCUUCAAAACAGUUUAUGAGCGUGAAGAAUUGUUUCCAUUUUCGGAGGUUUUCUGCUGUAGAUUCGCCCGGGUCUUUCGGGAAAGGCACCUGCGGUCCAGUCUUUUAGUCAUUUUCGGAACAAGCAGCAUUUCCCUGCCUCGUCGAAUCUGGUCUAUUUACCACUUAUUUUUGCAUUCCUACUAGCCUCUUCUUCAGUCCACAAUGUACGCGUCGCUUGCAUGCAGCCUUACAUUAUUUGUCAAAGGUCUGCAUAAUCUUUUUCAGUGGGAUUAGGCAUUUCCACUCUCGCUGUAUCGGACGGCGUUGGCUUAUAUCAUGCAUCCUUCAGUCAAGUUCAUUUAUUACGUCAGUAGUCCAGGCGGAGUUAAGUACUACCUUUUCGUGAGCAACCGAUAACUCGAAAAAUCAACGCGCUUGCAUAUUUUAGCACGAGGAAAGGCUACAUUGUUACUGCGAAAACGAAAAAACAUAGCAUGGCUCUUGGUGUCAAAUAAUACGACUAUCCGAGUGUCACAUUAUGAUCCAUCUCAAGCGACUGGGCCUAAUUUGACGACUGGAUAAAAUACAAGGAGGUAAAUUUAACAAGCCUCAUGUACUGGCCGUGGCAUCAAUUCGACUCACUUCAUGCUGAUAGGCCUGUCGUACGUUGUUUUUAACCAAUAUCACGGUGGAGUGUCAGUGCGCCUGUCAAGGACGGUAGAUCACUUGCGAAGAUUCAGUUGCCGUAAAAGGGUUAUUUAAGAAAAAUUGCAGCCUACCCAGCUAGCUAAUUCGUUUGCUACAUUAUCAUUGGUUUUCACGCGCCCGUAAAGUUUCCUUCUCCCUAAAUGUUAUCAAUCUCUCGUCAUCAACUCUGCUGACUAUGAUGUUGAUUUUUUGUACCGAAACAGAUCCCCCUGAUCACCACAUUUAUCGUCUGGAGUGUUACAUACGUGGUUUUGCCAUUCCUUGGCAAUAUUGAGCAGGCUGGUCGCUACCUGUUCGGCGCCUCUGUGGUGACGAUGUUCUUCUGCUUCAGUGGGGUCUUUGUGCUCUCCAUGUGUGCCAUCUCGGAGAUUUUUGGACCCAAACACUUUGCUCUGACGUUUGGACUCGUUUCUACGGCAGUGGUAAGUGAAUGUGUUCUUCGGGCACAUGCAGACGUCCGUAGCACCCUAGACGCCUAUUUGUAUCCAGCGACCUCGGCGGGCAGCAAGGAGCGUAGUUUUAAACUGAAUCCCAACUUUGGAAGAACACAUGAAAAACUAGACGAUUCCAUUUAGAUGCACGUCCCAAGCUUAUAGAAAUUGUCGGAAAUAAUUAAUAGUUUUGAACUUUUUGAAUUUCAAUCAUGGGCUGUUAAGAAGUCUUCAUGUUGCAUAAGCAUGAUUAAGCUGGCAUUCAGUUCUGAUGGACCUGGGAUCUUGUCUCAAACUAGUCCACAUGCAUCGUUAUGCUGGCUUUCACAAAAAGACCUAAAUUCCCUUCCCCGGUAAUCUCCACCAGAACUAGUUUGUCAGUUAAGUGGUAGGGAUGUUGAAGUGUUCUGGAAAUCCGAAACCGAAUGACGUCACGAUACAGCGUAGAGGAAUCGCCACCAUAGUAGGCCAGGCCUGUUGCGAAGUGCACUCGUAAACUCAGCUAGCCCAUCAGCGUGUGAUACAUCGCAAAGCAAGUCCGAUCUCUUUGCUCACGCGUACAGUCCCAGGCAAUGGCCGGCCGAACAUUCGAGACUUUUCCAUGGGGGAGGUUCUUGUUUGAAAGACAGUCAAUCCGCGACCGACAUACAAGAUGCCAGAAUGCUGUAGAACCGUUAGGAGCGGAAGAGUUGGAUAUGACGUUACUCAAAUCGGCUGAAUAAAGAGGCCGUACCCGGAACCCGCCCUCCUUCUCUCCCUCUUCCACCUGUCCAGACAUAACAAGAAGUAUUAUUAACAAGAGCAGGCUGAGUAGGAUGGCCGUAACUUGUUUAUCUGCAUAUAUAUAUAUAUAAAUUCAGGAAUGGGCGCACACCGAUCCAUUGGCUUCCCGAAGCAAACAAGCUUCGUAUGGGCGAUAGGGGUCACAAACAGGCAACCACCUACCAGACCGAAGUCGGCCAAGCUAUGAUAGCAGAGGGGAGACGACAGAGUCUGGGGGUAGAUUGAUACAGCACUGUUUCGGGCUUGUUUGCCUUCAUUCAGCCAAUCAUAACCCCGACCACCAGCAGCUGGUACCGGAAACACAAACAUGCGCUCAGACGCACCUGGCGCAGCUGGUCCACCACUGGGGUCUACCAGAUGGGUCAUAAGCACUUCAUCGAACCAGGUGCGUCUGAGCGCAUGUUUGUGUUUCCGGUACCAGCUGCUGGUGGUCGGGGUUAUGAUUGGCUGAAUGAAGGCAAAGAAGCCCGAAACAGUGCUGUAUCAAUCUACCCCCAGACUCUGUCGUCUCCCCUCUGAUAUAUAUAUAUAUGCAGAUCAAAGGUGGUAUGCAUUCCGAGCCGAUAUAAUAAAAACGGAAGAGGCUCUUCGGAAAAACAUGGAGUAACACUUAUGAAUUUCCAAUUUGGUGACACUAACCCGUCAUCAGAAGUAAUGAAGGCAAGAGAGGAAUUGAGACAGUCACACUAGAUUAGUGGGGGCAACAGGGAAGACGCUGGCAGGCGGACCAUUAGCGUGUGAGAGGGAUUAUGUGGGCACAGGGUCACGGUAGGUUCCUAAGCGGGUGGUGGAAAGGAGGGCGGAACAGUCACGGUUCCCUGCGUUGGAAGGAGAGACAGAGUGGUAAGUUAGCGGGAUUGCGAGCAGCUGGAUUAGCAGCCGCUAAUGCGGUGUAGGGCAGGACUCGAUGAACCGUGACCGUAGGUCCUCAUAAUGGGUGUCGAGGUCAACAUCGUGGUUGAUGCCGUCCGCAUUGUAAUAUCAUGCCUUUAGAAAUUCUCUCACUCGUUUUAUUCUAGCCGUGUCGAUGACCUCAGUGUCAUCCAAAAUGAUUCUCUGGCCGCACUCGAAUGCGCGAGCAAGGAUGAGACGCAGUGGAUCACGAGGGCGGGCAGCUACUUUGUGUUCAUUAAUACUAGCGCCUAGGCGUCCACCCAUGUGACCAACAUACGCGCAAGUGCAGUUAGCACACGGAUGCGAUAGAUCCCAUUCGCCUUCUGCUCUUUGGGGAUAGGAUCCUUUACUCGAGAUAAUGCUACGCGCACUGAGGAUGCUGGCUUGUGGACAAUGCGGAUGCUCAACCGAUUUAGCUGCCAAGCGAUCACUUCUGGGGUCCCCCGCAUAUAGGGCAGGGGGAGGGUUUCUGUGUCACGAUUUCCCCACUUAAAAUGGGGCCUCGGAGUUGUGUCUGACGCCUGAGGCGGCACUUCACAAAACUGGUCGGAUAUCCGUCAGAUUAAAACAACCGCUAUGGGUAAAUUAGUUCUUCAGAAGAUCGUCGUUGCUGAAAUAACGGUAGGCCCGGUGGAAGAGAGUUUGGACGAAGCUUUUUUCAUGAGCCGCAGGAUAACUGCCUCCAUAAUUAAGGAGAAUCUCAAAAUCAGACUCUUUCCCAUGGACGCUUUUUGUGAGACUGCCAUCGCCGAGCCUUUGUAUUUCCUCGUCCAGAAACGGCAAGCUGUCUUCUACUGCCUCUUCACGGGUAAACUGUAUGGCCGGGAUGACAUCACUCAGCCUCUGAUGUAGCCUUCCGACUUCGCACUUCUCUGUUAUGACAAAGAGGUCAUCUGCAUAGCGAAGCCACAUUCUGGGCAUGAGAGUCGGGAAAACCUCUUCUUCUAGUCGCUGUAAUAUUAGUUCGGCAAGAAGUCCUGAUGUUGGUGAGCCCAUUAGGGUUCCCUUCACUUGUUAGUAGUACUUAUUGUCGAAUUUAUAAUAGGUCACAAGGAACAGAACCUACCGUGACCAUAUGCCCAUCUCACCCUUCUCACACGCUAAUGGUCCACCUAGACUUUAACAAAUCAUCCUGAGUCAUCUAUAAAGUGCUGACGAGACACUCAGCGGGCACUUGUGUCGGCAGAGGUAGUGGCCAUACGGUUGGUCAACCCAAUGUUGUGUCCGCAUAAAGCGUUUGUCCAGGCUCCAGGGUUCUCCCCGCCAAAUACAAACUUAGCGUGUGUUCACACCUACUGCCACGUCGCGUUGCAGAGACGAAACAGAGACAUGGCUAAUUGCCAGACGCCUUCCCUCUCACCCCCCCCCCUAAGCCCCUGACAGAACUAGACUUUGGCCUCCCAACCUUCUCAAUCCUCUCCCCUAUACUUAUUUUUUAUUGGUUGUUCAAGUUUUCUGCUCUACUCUACCACACAGGCCUAAUGAUGAAUGAUCGAAAGCGUAUGUUUGCCGAACUUGACUUCAUAAGGGGCCAAAAUUGCUCAUAAUAUUUUCGAGUAGUCAAUCCUAUGCAGCAUACAAAAGUCAAGGUGGCCAGAUUCCCCUGCUUCCCGUGAUCCUGUCGUUGCAAGCGAGGUUAAAAGCCGCCGUGCCCGAGGCAGCGAUGCCUCGGCAGUUUGACCGUCGCAGAUGAAAACCCUCUCACCACGUGCCCCACGGAGUAAGCGCACCAUUGGUGACCUGCGCGUACUAUCUACCCGACUUUCUUCUCCCUCACCCAUCUUGAUCCGAUGACAAGAGUAUGUAAAGACAACUGGAGUUGGGCGCGGGUACAAUGAUUGACAAAACUAAACCGUCAUCUUCCAUAGACCGGUCAGUUGUCCGAGCCUGUCAAUCAGUGCAUGAUGAAAUUGGACACAAGAGUUAAUUGCGCGUGCGUUAGACUAGAAGGGGAGGGACACUUUUUCAGCCGCUAGCUCGCUCCCGCUCCCCACAGCAGCCUUCUAGCAAUGAUUAAACGUUUUCAAGGUGACUAGGAUGGGCCUAGAUGUUGCCUGUUCCUCGUAUUCAAUUCACAUGCAUCAGGACUCAUUCGUUCGGAGCCCGCAUAUUUCAGAGUCGUCUUUAGACAGCAUUAAGAAAGGGCCAUUCUUUUCGGACCCCUGGUCCACAGUAGAAUCGAGUUUUCCUAUCAUUUGAGGACCUUCACGGGCAAAUUGUUUGGUAGGUCUAAUUUCCUUGAAAGUCCCUUAACUUUAUCAUUCUAGCGAGGAAAGCGCUAAAUCAGCCCUAUUGUCCAUGCUCCCUUCCGCCACGUAUUGAUGGCGUCUCCCACUCAUGUCGGCUGAAGAGCAAAUUAGCAUAGAGGCUGAUGUGUCAUUAAACCGUCGCCUAGUGCUUGUCGUAUGCCUUUGGCUCCGUUUGACCUCAGUGAGCGAUGGCUUAUUAAACUGACCCUGCUGAGAAAGGAAACACAGGCAGUCAUGAAUAGAAUGCAUGAUCAAUCCUCAGACCUUAAGUUCUUUUACCAUUUUGAUGUGCCGAAGGGUGAACUCACGAUGUUGCAUCUUCCUUUCAAGUUAUAUGCGUAAAAAUCCAAAUUACUUAGUUUGAAGGAAUUAUUUUCUACUGAUUUCCAACUAGACGCCAGGAAGCUUGAUAACAGCCGUCGUAAUAUCCCAGACCGACCUGAGAGAACACGUUGUGUACAUCUGUCUCAUAUGUGGGGCCCUCACAUUGCUUGGUAUGUUAAAGUUCUGGAUUUUCGAGGGGCCUAUCCUGCAUCCUUUCAUUUUUGCUUUCCGGUAUUGUAGGUGUUUGAAAUGAGUACAAUGAAAGGAAUUUGUAGGCUAUCCCCACUUAUCUUGAGAACAAACGAAUCGUCAGACACCACACACUUUACAGCAAACAAUAGUUAGUAGUAGGUCUUAGAGUCCUCAGCUUGAUUUAUUAUUCAUAGGAACGAUAGUACGAAAAUAGUUAGUCAGGUGACUUCUGUAGCAAUGAUUUAUGCAGUGAAAACAGAAGAGGUAGCCAUCUUUUCUGCAGUGAGAGUAACAAUAAUUCAUAUUGACCCAACUGUGAAAAACCCGGCGCCCCCGUGGGAAGGCUUUAGUACAGUUGUGUCAAUAUGAAUUAAUUAAAAUCUGCUAAAAUAUCUACGAAUUACACGAGCCUGAUAGUCAUCUGUUGGAUUCUAGGUGAAUUACUUAGGAAAUCCUGCUUGGGCAAUCAACCUACUGUAUCAGAUUUGGUGCAUUCCAGACGUUACAAUAGGUUGGGCGGGUAACUGGAUCCAGAUGUAUUAAACUCGCGUCGUCCGGUGGGGCCUCGUGGCUCAAGUGGUUAGAGCGUUGGCUGUACCAUAGUCUUCCCCUUACUGCGUGGGUUCGAAUCCCACCGAGGCGCCGAGCUUUUCACAGUUGGGUCAAUAUGCAUUAUUCAAAAUCUGCCAAAGUAUCUAUGAAUAAAAAUAAUGUGCUUUUGUCAGUGGUAUUGAAUGACUUCGGCCAUUCUAUAAAGGGACAUCGAAAUUUGUGGUUCGAAACGUUGUCAACUUGCGAAAUAAAUUGUUUAUAAGACUGAAAGACAGGCUACCACGGCUCCUUCACAGUAUUGACCUGCGGCAACAGCCGCCCCUCAGAGGGCAAGCAGCGUUUAGUUUGUGUCCUUUGAGAAACCACCACUCUGUGCCAUCUCGACCGUCGUUUUCCGAUGGUGUCCAUCGUGUUUGCCUCAGCAGGCUGAAAGCAGGGACGGCGACUUGCAUUGGAGUUAGUUUGCAGCAGUGUUAGACUUGCGUUGCACCUACCGCACUCUCUCCAUCUCUCCCAUCUGGAUCCGGUGUUAUGACAGAAUGAAGAAAACCGGAGACGAGAGAGGGCGCAGGUGGGCGGCAUGGCAUAAGUCCGCAACUACUGUGCGUGACCGAUUUCAUGAAACGUUGGCCGAACUUCUGAAAUACGUUUUAGAUUAGGAAGGAUUACUUAGAUGGAUUUGUAAUACUGAUUAUCUUGCGAUAUAAUCCGAUAAUAUUUCGGACUCGACAGGAUGUUGACCUUUGAAUGCACUUCUUUUCAACCUCCUAUGGAAACUGUACUCAGUAAAGAAUGGCUACUUAGUUAGCGUGUGUUUUUCACGCUGAUUUUCGAUGGUCUUGCAAAUCUAAAUAUAGGUCAUAAAGAAUACGGAUAAAAAUGCUUUCUUUUUCUCAUUUGAUAGAGAAUAACGUCCUCGUUACAUUGUAUAAGUUAAGAAGGAGUAUAAUGAGGUCUUAAAAAAGUUAUCUUAUUCCCGAAUAAUUUGGGGCCUGAUGAGCCUUUGCAUUAGCGUUUAGUGAUUUCAGUCUACAAGGUGCAUGCGUUCCGUAUAUGGAAAAUCAUACAUUCUUCUAUGCCUUUAAAAAGAUACCAUAUAGAGUCCAUAAAGUUUGGCAGUGAAUUCGGGCUAUGUUGUACAUUUCAUGAGGAGCUGUGGCAAAUGGACGGGUACGAUGCUGUGAAUGGACAUUACACGGUCGUAAAAACCUCAUAAUUAUAAACGUUUUAAAACCUCAUUAUACUCCUUCUUAAAGUAUACAAUAUAAAGAUGACGCGAUUAUCUAUCAAAUGAGUAAAAGAAAGCAUUUUUAUCGUGUUAUUUAUCAAAUAUAUUUGAAUUUGCAAGACCAUCGAAAAUCAGCAUGAAAAAUACAUGCUACUUAAGUAGCCAUUCUUUACCGAGUACGCUUUCUACAGGAGAUUGAAAAGAAGUACAUUUAAAAGCCGACAUCCUGCCGAGUCUGGAAUAUUAUAGGAUUUUGCCGCAAGAUAAUUAGCAUUAAAAAUCCACCUAAACAAUCCUUCCUUAUCUAAAACGCAUUUCGGAAUUUCGGCCAACGUUUCAUGAGAUCGGUCACGCACUGUAGGCCUAUCACCCCAACCCCGGUCCGCAGCGCACAACUGAACAGGACUUUGCACAACAAAAAUAGGGGGUGGGGCAGCCCAGAUCCCAACUGGCGCGACCUGGGCCUGUGCUUGGCUGUGCCGCCACGCCCCUAAUGUUGGCAUUAGUUAUGGGUGCGCAUUCUCAGUAAUGUCAGCCGGUCCCCGAUCUAGCCCUCGUGUUGGUCCAGCUCCGUGGCACAACACACAGAGCAUGUUCGAAUCGUCCGUUACGGCGCUCACUUUCGCGACCAUUUGGCUCGACUGGACCUUCUAUUAACCUUAUAAAAGGAAGGGAGAGCAAGUGAGGUCAGUAACACGUACGUCUCAUCCACCAAAUCAAACCCAAUCAAAUUCACGCGGAAGUCCUCACUGCUUCGUCAUAAGGUGUUAGCCUGAAGUCCGGACGAGCUAUUGGUCAUUACGUGAGUAUUUUUCUAGAUGUUGUGUUGGGUAGGUGUGUUCACCAUAGGUGUCCCUGAUCCAUUAUUACGUGAUGCAACUAUUGGUGUCCACAAACAGUGAACAUCGUUUACCAAAGCUAUACAGGAUCACACAAUGAAGUGCUGACAGACAAUCAGUGGAAGGUGAUCCAUCUGACCUUCGCUUUGGGAAACCGUUUAUCUUUUAAUAUGCAUUACUGUUAGUUGUUGCCCAGAAAUUAGAUCUUGACACUAGGAUUAUACUACUGAUGCAGCAUUCUCAGAAGAAAAUUUCACUCGAUCAUAUCAAACUAUCCAAACAAAAUAAGUUGACGCUGUUUCUCAAUUGAAGGGCCUCGUGUAUUUAAAGUUUACGGCCGACUUUCUCAACCAAGCACCAGGUCGUUGCUUAUGCACGAUUUGUUGGCGAUAGUGUUUCUAAAAAGGGUCCUUUCUUUAAAUUCUUCACACCACGCAAAAAGGAAAAUUGGACGAGGGAGUUAUGUUUUUGGACGUCUUUAAUGAUACUGACCCCCAAUAACCAUUGGUGAACCGAAAAUACGUAUUUAUAGGCAAUGGAAAGUUUUGGGAACUAGUUCCACAAUUUCGCUUUGCCGAAUAAUCGAAAGGUUUAUAGUACGAAAAAUGCAAGACUACCAAGUUUACGUUUCGAAAGUCUUUUUGGCAGUUGGAACACGCAUCUAAUAUGACAAUAAACGGUCUAAAAAUUUAUCCUGCUAAAUGCGUAAAAAACUGCCGCAUCACUGAAAUUUUACUUCCGCCCCCCAUGAAGCUGGAGUGCUAACAGCCUCCCUGAGCUGUAAAUGUGCGCCCCCGCCUCGUUGUCAUGUAGGUUGCAAAGGUCCCCAGGAGGAAGAGGACGAGGAAAAAGAAUCGGAGUCCCCCAUUUGA